AUGUCGAUAAAGUUAGAACAACAGCAGUCAAGUGUAUCACAGGAGAACAAUUUACCACCUACAAAGAAGAAGACCAAGGCUUUGAAGUCAUCUGAUGGUACUGUAAAUACAAGGACCAUUAAAGUACCAGGAUCGAAAGUUGAAAGAGUGGCACAAGCAUGUGACAGAUGCCGAGCUAAGAAAACAAAGUGUGAUGGACAGAACCCAUGUUCAACAUGCCAGUCAGUAGGAUUAGAGUGUAUUGUUUCAGAUCGUCUUACCAGAAAAUCCUAUCCCAAAGCAUAUACCGAGACUCUUGAAGAAAGAGUACGACAGCUAGAGGCUGAAAACAAGAAAUUAGCUGGAUUAUUAGAUAUGAGAGAUGAACAACUCGAACUACUUAAUGGAUCUGGAUUAACUGAAGAUACAAGUGAAAUGUCUGAGAACAAAGAAGAUGACUUUAAGAAAGUAACAGCUUCAAACUUGAGUCUUUUGGAUAUCCAAAAUAGUUUGCACCUGCAUCUGCCAAACGAGAACGGCGAAAACUGCCCAUGUGGGUGCUCCAAUCCACAUGCCGUCCACGAACGACCAGUUUCGAUAGCAGGGUCCAUUUACGGUGCUGUUGCUGCCAAUGAAAGAGUUCCAAUAUCUAUAGCUGGAUCGAUAAAAUUAAGUGAUGAAGAAGAUGAAGAAGAUAAUGCAAGUUUAUUGAGUAUUGAAGACUAUAAUUCUAGACACCGAGACCAGCAUUUUCAUUUUGCUUCAAACUCAACAAAUAGAGAACAAAGUCCAGCACCAGGGGCGUUUGCCGCAGCUACUGCUAUUGCUCAAAUGCAGAAGAACAAACUUUUCCUACAACAACAGCAACAAUUAGAAAACGAAAACAACAAACAACAAAUGCUCACAUCAUUAGUGGCCAUGUCGAUACCAAGAAGUACAGAAGAAACAUUAUGUGUACCUACAUUACUUGCAAGAAUUUGUCAAACUUAUGGAUACGAUUCUAAGCAGGCGAUUUUAGCAGCCAACUCUUUAGCAUCUUUGAAAGAAAAUAUUACCUCUAAUACAGGAACACUGUUGGAUGAAGAACGUAAAAAUGCUUUGAACAGUAUGAUAAUGAACAGAUAUGAAACAACAAAAUUGUCAGAGGAAGAGGCUAUUGUUUUUACAAAGGAUUUGAUUAAUUUACCGGCAUCCAGAUUAGACAUGGAUCAGUUGAUUACUGUGUAUUUCCAAGAAUGGGGCAAUGCUCUACCGAUAUUGGAUAAGAAUGCAUUUUUGAAAAACUAUAUGAAAUUGAAUUACAUAUUGGAGCAGGGCCAUUACAAGGAAUAUAAAGGAGAGUCAUCCUAUGAGCUGAUUGAGAAAUUUGGGGCCAUACUCAUACUUGUUCUAUGUUUGGCUUUCCACAUUAGCAAGAAGAAUUAUUUAGAGUCGUUUAACCCUCAGAUCCAACUGAGAUUUGUCACAUUGCUUCAGCAUUACGGUUAUUUGAUCCAUGAAUUUAUUAAACCAAACUGUUUGAUAACUCAGUACUGUUCUAUUCAGUCUUUGCAAAUCUUAUCGUUGGCAUUACAAUACUGCUUAGUGACUGGUGAUACAGCCAGUUGUUACGAACUCAGAGGAAGGGUGAUCAGUAUGGCUCAACAAUUGAGAUUGCAUAGGUGUCCAGCUGCAGUACUUGGAUUGAGUGGCAAUAAGGAGGGAGACAUUGAUCUUCAAAAUUUCAUGCAAGGGGAAAGACGUAUCUUAUUCUGGUGUAUCUAUUGUCUCGAUGUGUAUUCUUCACUCAAUUUGGGGAUCCCCAGAUUGUUCAAAGAUUAUGAAAUAGAGUGUGCGAUGCCAUUUUGCGGUAAAAGUGACGACUACGACGACGUGAACCAGGAGGAUAAUGUCAAUAUCUUGAUUGUUAACAAUACCAAGUUAUCUAUUGUAGGGAAAGUGUCGAAAAUGGCUUUAAGUGUGAUGCUGUACAGUAAAGUGUUGGCAAAUAUUUUGGAUUCUAUAUAUUCACGAUUCGAUAAUACUAACAUUCAUAAGAAAGCGUUACAAAGAGAUAGGAUGCUAGAUUGUUGGAGACGAGAAUUACCCCUAGACUUAAAAUUUGAAAUCGAUAUUAAUGGGUUGUCUCUCAAAGAUUCCAGUAACAAUUUUAUAGAGGGUAACAUUUGGAGAAACUACAACAAGCAACAGUUGACGUUAAUAUUUUUGUAUUACCAUGCUAAAAUAUUGAUAUAUUUGCCAAUAUUAUCCCGGUUUGGAAAUCACCAUAAUGUUGGGUUAUCACAGAAAGAGCAGCUCCUGAAAGGAGAAGGUGAUGUGGCUACUAUAGUGUCAAGCAUUAGUUUGAUUCAACAAUCAUCGAUUCAGAUAUUAGAGGUUUUGAAAUAUUUGACAUCAACCUCGUCGUCAAACAUUUUACCUAUACCAAUUCAUAUUGUGCGUGAGCAGUCAUUAUUGGCGUUAAUGGUAGCAAAAGGAGCCUUAGAUUAUAUAAAAGGAGGUCCUUUAUUCAGCAAUCUGAAGCAAUUAUUACUAGAUACAAUGGGUAACCUUUCUCGUGAUGCCAACUUUGACAUCCCUGGGGCUUUGAAUAGAAAAUCAUUCAAAUUGUUUGAGAUUACAAUAUUAGGUAUCCUUGGUUUGAAUAUAAACAAAAGCAUGACCUCGGGGGUUAAUAUGAAAAGAAAGGGAUCAAGUGCACUACAACCUAUCACCAAAACUGCGGUUGAAAGAUCACCAACUGUUAAUUUAACUAACAAUUUCGCAGCUUCGAAAUUGAAAACGCCAACUAGCAAUACAGAUAUGGUAAACAAUAAUCAAAUACUUAAAAUAGAGCAACAAGAUCCAGUUUUAUCGCAGCAACAAAAACAAACAAGGAAUAUAUCUACUAGGGAAAUCUCUAAUAAUGGGGAUAUUGAGUUGGACAAUUCGAAUAAUUACGCCGAUGACAUAGAAUCAUUAGAGGAAUUAUUAAAUUUUGAUCCAUUUAAAGUCAAUGUUAACCGUCAAAUGUUAGUGAACGAGUUUGUCACUGAUGGAUCUUUAGGUUUAGUUCCAUUUUUGGAAAUGAACAAUGAACAAUUAAAUGACAGUUCUAUGUUAUUUGACAAGUCGUACAAUGCUAUAAACGAACGCAAGACCACAAACCAUGAUGAUUACAUAUCACAUAAUGAUAGUCAUUUCUGGAAAUGA